AUGGCAGCUCUGCUUGUGUUUCUCUCGCUGCUAGUUUCUGUCGCUGUUUCCGUCAUCUUCUCCCCUACAAUCGUGCGCUUCCUUGGUGCGCAGGUGGGACAUUACUUGCGCCGGGCGUGCCGCACAAGACGAGAGCUGCUGCUGACACGAGUAGCCACCGAGUCCAAGAACUACAAAGCCGAGCAUGCCGAGGCUGAGGACUGUGAUUGGGAGGAAGUUGCGUCUGUAGCCACGGAUGGUCGAGUAGGCACCAAGCAAGACAAGCAGUGGGAGGGCAUUGUUGGCUUCUUCCACCCGUUCUGCAACGCUGGUGGCGGCGGCGAGCGAGUCCUCUGGGCGGCCAUUCGAGCCACCCAGAAGCGCUGGCCGAGAGCUGUCUGCGUCGUCUACACCGGUGACCACGAUGUCGACAAGGCUGCCAUUCUGAAGCGUGUCAAGACUCGUUUCAACAUGCAGCUCCACCCACCGACAGUGCACUUUCUCUACCUCACGACGCGUCACUGGGUCCUCGCCAGCACAUGGCCGCGCUUCACACUGCUGGGUCAGUCGUUGGGCUCGAUUGUUCUGGCCUACGAUGCCUUCGCCCUGCUUGUGCCGGACAUCUUCGUCGACACUAUGGGCUACGCAUUCGCCCUGGCCCUCUCGUCGCUGUUCUUCCCGGAUGUGCCGACCGGCGCGUACGUGCACUACCCAACCAUCUCGACGGACAUGCUGGACUCGCUACAGGUCGGAGGUCAGGGCAUCAACGCUGGUGCUGGCAAGGGCUACCGGGGCGCUGCUAAGCAGAAGUACUGGCAGCUGUUUGCACGUCUCUACAGCAAAGUGGGCAGCACCAUCGAUGUUGUAAUGACCAACUCGACCUGGACCCAAGGACAUGUCAGCUCGCUCUGGGGCCCAGCGCGCAACAAGCGCAACAAGACGACGGAGAACGAUAUUGACGUGGUGUUUCCACCUGUCGCAGUCGAGGAGGUCACAGAGGCUGUCGAGGUCUCGCAGGCCAGCGAAAAGAAGCGCGGACCGUACCUUCUCUACAUUGCACAGUUUCGUCCGGAGAAGAACCACGAACUCAUCCUGGAAGCCUUCGCAAAGUUCGUGCACUCGAAUCCAAAGCUUGCAGCAUAUCCCGACGAAAAGCCGCGGCUCAUCCUGAUAGGCUCAGUGCGCGACUCGAUUGACGAGAAGAGCGUGUACAAGCUGCGACUGCUCGCUCACGAGCUCCACAUGAAGGAGAACGUCGAGUUUCUCUGCGAAGCGCCGUGGCCGCAGAUGGUGGAGUGGAUGGGCAGGGCGAGCGUGGGGGUGAACGGCAUGUGGAACGAGCACUUUGGCAUCGGCGUGGUCGAGUACCAGGCGGCGGGUUUGCUUUCGGUUGUGAACGACUCUGGCGGCCCGAAGAUUGACAUUGUUGUUGAUGUCGAUGGGAAGCCGACAGGAUUCCACGCCACGACUGCAGACGAGUACGCAGAGGGGUUCCGCAAAGCGCUGACGCUGUCGCCCGAGGAGAGACUGGCCAUGAGGCUGCGGGCGAGGAAGUCUGCAGAGCGGUUUACCGAUCGGGGGUUCGCAGAGCGGUGGCUGAAGAACAUGGACAAGCUGGUGAAGCUGCAGGUGGCGCGCACGCGGAGGUAG